AUGAGCGACAUUUCACUUCCACCAGAAAUCUUGCGACAAAUCGUAACAAUUUUUGAAGACGACUACAAAACGCUUUACUCUUGUUUAUUGGUCAAUAGAUACUGGUGUUGUAAUGUGGUACCGAUACUUUGGCGAAAAAUGCCGGAUAAUUUUCCACGGAUAGCAACGUCAUCGUGGGCUUAUAAAUUCAUCCAAGCAUAUAUCAAUUGCUUGAGCACAGAUACUCGUGCGCAAUUGGGGUUGACGGAAUCUGACCAGCAAAAAGAAUCAUCGGUUCUUUUGUAUCCUACUUAUCUCAAAGUGCUUGAUUUUCAAAGGCUCUCGGACGCAAUUGUGAGUUGGUGUAUAAAAUUGAAUAGAAAUAUUUAUGAUAAAAAAACACGAAGAGGAUCACAUUAUGGAGAAAGUGAAAAAAAGUUAAAAUUUCUUGAAGUAAUCGUUAAGCUCUUGCAUACAAGUAAAGCACGAAUUCAAAAGGUGAUAUUCGUGUUGUCAAAACCUAUCAAUGUAGUCGAAAAACAACCAUUCUUACGAAUAGUCACCAAUCUUGUCGAACAAUCUCAAACCGAAGACAGUCUAUUAGGCAAACUACGCGAAGUUCAUUUCUCUCAAUACGUUUUUAUGAUUCAAGAGGUAUUCAAACUGUUCGCACGACACUGUAACAAUUUUCAGUGUCUCAAGCUCAAAAAUAUAGUGCUCAAUAAACGAGCGCGACGACCAAUCGAAGGACUACUCCAAUUAAUUCAAGCGGCAGCACCAAAUUUAAAAGAAAUUACAUGUGAUCAAUUCGGUAGACACUUUAUGAACAAUAAUCUUGAAAUUUGGCCGCAUAUCUCAUCUCAAUUGUCGGUCAGUCUCCGAAAAAUCACUAUUAUACCGGCAUGGUUAUCGAAUGUUGAUUAUUUGGAUUUUCUUUUGCAGUUUAAAAACCUGGAAACUUUAGAAAUUAUUGGCGCUCAUGAAAGGCGAUAUAUAACAUCUGCUUACGAAUCGAAGCGCUUCCCGUCUCUGAAAAACUUUAUCCACAGAAAUAGUUCGAAGGAUAUUUAUUCAAAUAUUGAUCUUUAUUUUAUUAUUUUGAGCCUAUCACAAAAUACUUUGCAAUCGUUGAUACUUGAUUCUAUAGUAUUUGCUCACAACCAAAGGUUCCUCAAUCAUUUGCAAUCAUUAGUAACGUUAACAGAGCUAACCAUCAAAAUUGAUGAAGAAGUACACUGCCUGCAGAAUUUUCUUCAAUCUCUUGAACAACUGCACACUCUGAAAUUCCUAAGGAUCAACGGCAUAGAAAGAAAUGAUCCCCCAGUCAAAUUCAACACACCAAGGCUUUUUCCGGCGGUCCUGACACAAUUUGAACUUUCAACUCGUUUUGUUUUCACGGUGGAUUCUUUUACCGCUUUUCUCGGAUAUUUUGAAAAGUUACCGAGACUCAUUAUGUUUACCGUGUAUCCCCCCACCGAGAAGAGGCUUCUUGAUGUAAUGAAAAAUCUGGCACUUGGUCGCGGUGAAACUAUCCAUGGUUUUGGAUGUAGUCAUAUUGAUAAUGGAUGGAAAUUGAUCUGGAUUUCUUUAGAUUGA